AUGGACUUUGUUUCGCUUCCGCUUGCUCUAGAACAUGUAAACGAGGAGCAAGAUAGGGGUGUUCUCUAUAUAAGCAGAAUCCCGCCCAAAAUGACGCCCGGAAUUUUACGAGAACUAUUAACGCCGUAUGGAAAGCUCAGCAGAAUCUUUCUUACGCCCAAGCAAGAGCAUUCGACAAAAAAGAGACAAUCUCGAGUAGAUGACCGCAAAAAGCCAUUCCACGGAUCAGGGUUCGUCGAGGGAUGGAUUGAGUUCACCUACAAAAAAGAUGCCAAGCGGGCGGCAGAGAUUUUGAACUGCAAUCCCAUUGGCAGAACCGGGAGGAGCAAGAGAUUCGCAGACGAUCUAUGGAAUUUGAAAUACUUAUCAAAGUUCACAUGGUCGCACCUUACAGACCAGUUGGCCUAUAAAAAGGCAGUCCGAGAGCAACGGCUCAAUGCCGAAAUUUCGCAGUCGAAAAAGACAAACCAGCUCUAUUUGCAAAAGGCGGAAAAGGCGCGGACAAUCGAUGCCAUGGAGCGGAAGCGUGCGCAGAAGCAGCCCGCAGCAACCGAGCCAACGCCAAACGACACUGCUCAAUCGACGUCAUCCCUCAUUUCGCAGAUAUCAAAAAGAUUCCGACAACGCAAGCCGAUCCUUUGUACAGAUGAUGGUGACAAUAAAACCUAA